AGUCAAUCUGAUAUUUUUUUUUUAAUACUCGAACUAAUUUAACUGUCAUUUGACCCUUUUUUUUACACCCACCUUCGCAAAAUCGAAAUUGUCUUGGUUUAGUUGACUUGAUUGUGAUUUAUUGUGACUUUAAAAAGGAAAAUGACAUGUUCCCGAAGUUAUUUUAAAUACAAAAAUUGGUUUUUCGAAUAUCAAAAUGGUCCAAUAUGGGGUGAAAAAAACUUUAGUCUUGUUCAAAAGUAACAUGUUCUAUCGGAACAUCGUUUUUCUUUGUUUUCUCAUACAUCUAUUUGUGGAAUAUUCUUAGUCUCUUGCUACCUAACGCAUCUUCUAUUGACCAUGUACCAGAUGCUUUUUUUGGAUCAAAUUACAUACGGCUACAUUACAAAUCGCCAACGUCUUUUUUAAAUUAUUCAGAAAAAAACGCAAUCAAGGAUUUUAGGAAAGGCACUGAUAACCAAGAAUCAGAUGCUCAAGCUAACCAUUGUAAUGACUGUAUGUGGUGCUUAGAAUUCUCCCCAUUAGCAGCGGCCAAUGGAAUGGUUUUAAAGUGAGUUUUUCUAAGGAAAUUGACUGUUUCCCAAGUACUUGUGGUUUUAUACCCCAAGAAUUAAAGACCAAAUUCGCCGAUAUUUGGUUAAAUAUUGAAAAAAAUAGAUUGCAGACUCUCGCAGGAAUGAAAAAAAUUGAUCCUCGCUACGAUUGGACAUGCACAUCAAAGUACUGGGGAUCGAUUUUCGUUAAACAAAAUGAGAACGUUUCGUGUUGCAUUGAAGACAAAAAGAAGCUUCCGCGAACCGUGUUACAGUCAGUGCCUAGUGAAAAUACUUUGAGGGCAUCUGAAAUUCCAUUUUCAUUAUUAGCAAACACAUCUCUUCCUAUUUUAUGGUUUCAAAGUGUACGUUUCGACUAUAGAUCUACAAAUUCCUGCAUUUGUCUUCUAGUGUGAAUUGUACUCUGAUGAUCUCUCGGAUUCUGGAAUCAAUGAAACCCAAGUUAAAAUAGUGUGUUUCAUGAUUUUUUUACAUGUUAGAGAAUAUUAUCAAAAUUCUAACAGCGUGUGAUGCCGGAUUUUUGGUUUGUUCUUUAUACACAACGCAUCCGUGUAGAUGAUGUAUGUUUAAGACAAAUAGAAGUGAGAUUAUUUCAUCAAUUUGAUUCAACUAUUGUGAUUCGCGAAUUAACAUGGAUCGAAUCCUCGUAUGAUAUUUUACUCGAACGGGCUUUAUUGAUUGCGGAAAACGAUAAACUGAAAACAAAACCGUCCAUUGACUUUAACUUGUUGAAAAAGCCCGAUGAUGUUGUAUGUUUCCUUACCCAACGCCUUAAUUUAAACUAGUUUUUUUUUUUUUUUGUUGUUUUAAUGAUAUAAAAAAAAAGAAACUGACACAAACACGAAAUUAGUUUAGGCACAGAAUGUGUUUUAAAGUGAUCAUCUUUAUCGCUCUAAUCGUAGUAAGAACAUGAAUAUCAAAUUGGUGAGAAAAUGUUCCUCAAAUGUGCUUUUGAAUUGUUUGUACAAAAAUAUAUCGUUUUUGCAAAACAUAACGAUUUUACGAAGAAGCUUCGUCAGUAACACUUUCCAAAGAUCCUCAAUUCAUUGCGGAAUAACGCAGUUAAGCUGUUUAUUAAAUGCAUCGGGAAUUUCGCGUCACUUUUCUAAAGUGCAAUCGGGGAAGGUGCCCUCUAUGGGAGAUUCAAUUACAGAGGGUAUUUUAUCUUGUUGGAAUAAAAAAUUAGGAGAUCAUGUUAAACAAGAUGAAGUCAUUGCUGUUAUUGACACGGAUAAAGUACACGUUUUUGUUACUUUGAAAAUAUUGAUACAUUGUUUAACUAUACGAUUCCAACAGAUAUCUGUUGAUAUUAAUUGUAUUGCUACAGGAAAAUUAUCAUCUGUUCACGUUUCAGAAGGUGGCACUGUUUUUGUUGGUGAUGAUCUUUACACAAUUGAACUUGAGCAAAAUGAUUCACCAAAAAAUAACGGGAGGCCGGAAGCGACGAGUAACGACAAGUCACUAAGAGUGUUACCGAGUAUUUCAAAAGAAAAAGUAAAAGAAGAAGCAAACCAGGAUGUGUCUCAGGGUGAAGAAAAGGACACUGGUCAAAAACAAAAUCUUAACAUAUCAUCUUGUUCAAAUCACACAACUUCAACUUUAAAGAUUGUUGAAAGUCAAAAAGAUAUUGUUGAUAGGAAAUGGGAAAGAAAAGAAACUAUUGUACCAAUGAGCCGUUUGAGAAAAAAAAUUGCUCAAAGGCUGAAAACAGCUCAAAAUACAGCGGCUUCAUUGACAACGUUUAAUGAGUGUGAUAUGUCUUCUAUAAUAUCCAUGCGUUCUGAACUACAAGAUAUUUUUGUAAAAAAGUAUGGAUUCAAACUGGGUUUUGUGUCAUGUUUUCUUUUGGCUGCAUCAAAAGCUUUAAUGAAGAUGCCAGAAUUGAAUGCAUACAUAGAUUUGAAGGAAGAAAAUAUUAUUUAUAAAAAUUACGUCGAUAUCAGUGUCGCUGUUUCGACACCUACAGGGCUACUUGUACCAGUCAUUCGGAAUUGUGAACAAAAAUCUCUAAGUGCUCUAGAAAAUAGUUUACAGCACUAUGCGACCAAGGCACGAGAAGGAAAAAUCACUCUUGAAGACAUGUCGGGCGGCUCUUUCACAAUCUCUAAUGGUGGAUCUUUUGGAUCAUUGUUAGGAACACCUAUUAUAAAUCCACCUCAAACGAGUAUACUUGGUCUUCACUCUAUUAAAAAACGUCCGAUCGUUCAUAAUAACCAAAUAUGCAUACGACCUAUGAUGUAUUUGGCAUUAACCUAUGAUCACCGCUUGGUGGAUGGGCGGGAGGCUGUCACAUUUCUUAAUCUUAUUAAAGAGACUGUUGAGGAUUGUAGACUUUUGUUACUUGACAUUUAAAAUUUCUCCUUUACCAGUCUUAAGGGUAAAGAAGAAGUGUAAUUUGAAUAAUACUGCAUUAAUCAAAGUCUUAUGUUUUUUCUGGGGUGGGGGCCUUCGUAUUUUUUGUAAUAAAUUAAGUGAGACGUUAAUCAUGAAUACGUCAUUUUUUAAUAAAAUAGCGCAUUGGCAUCAUUCAUCCUUUUUCAGUUUUUUAUUGUGAUUCAAAGCAUUUCAUAAAAACAAAUGUUUUGUUUUUUUACCCUUAAACUUUUAUCUCCCGUAAAUAAAAAUAAAA